AUGGGCCAGGCCAUCAUCUCCUCCGAGCAGCAGGUGACACAGCUGAGGAGCUCCAUCGACGAGGCCCUGGCAGAAGUGGCCAGGGUGGAGGAGACCUUGCAGGUCUAUGAUGAGGUCCUGGGAAGUGGGAAACAGCAGAUGGACCACAUCCACUGGGAAAACUCCCUGCUGCAUGGCAUCAUCUCCAACAGGAGCAGGCUGAUGGAUGAGAUCCUGCUCCUCACGGUCUGUGCCCAGAAACUCGGCAGGCUCUACGAGCAGGAAAUCAAAGCCUUCUUUGGACAAGCCAAAACCUCCUUGUUGGGAAGAAGAAAAGGAGGUCUCCAGGAGAGCCCCAAGAAGUGUCUGGGGAACAGGCACCAGCCCCGGUGGAACCUUGCCAGGAGCAGGGAGAGCCAGGAGGAGCCACCAGACAGAGGGAACAUGAUCAAGCACCUCUGGGUGAUCUGGGUGGUGCUGGAAGAGGAGGGAAGGGCCACCCUCACCUUCCCCAAACUGUCCCACAACGACUCCGGGCUCUUCUUCUGCCGCGUGGAGUUCGGGGCUGAGACCGCCCGGUCCUGCGGCACCUUCGUCAGGGUCCACGAGCCAGUUCCUGUCCCGUUCCUGGCCCUCAGGGAGAGCACCAAGAACCGGAUCCUGACGGCCCAGGGGAUCCUUCUGCUGCUCUGCUCGGCCGGGCCGGGGCUGCUGCUGCUCCUCAGGAAGCGCUGGGCCAACGAGCAGCUGCUGCACCCUCAAAAACCCACCUGCGAGGAGGAAAACCUAUACGAGGGGCUGAACCUGGACGAGUGUUCGAUGUACGAGGACAUUUCCAGGGGGGUCCAACCCACCUACCAGGACGUGGGGACCCUCCCCGGUGACCCUCAGCUGGAGAAACCCUGAGAGAUCCCCCCUAAAA